GAAAGAAAAGAAAAUAGUAAUUAUAUCUAUCGGAACAAUCAUAAAUGUUUAUAUCGUAAAUAUCAUAUCAUAUCAUAUAGUUUGACCAAAGAAUGUAUCUAACGACAUAUAAAAAUCGAAUGUAUCUAGCGACAUAUAAAAAUCGAAUGUGGGUUUAAAAUCAUGUGUAUCUUUUAGGGCUGGGCGUUCGGGUACCCAUUCGGGUUUCGGUUCAGUCCAUUCGGGUUUCGGGUUUUCGGGGUCAAAGAUUUCAGCCCCAUUCGGAUAUUUCUAAAUUUCGGUUCGGGUUCGGUUCGGAUCUUUGCGGGUUCGGUUCGGGUUCGGAUAACCCAUUUAAAAUGUUUUUAAAUUUUCAAAAUUCAUUAUAUACUUUAAAUUUUCAAAAUCUAUAAAAAAUGAUAAUAUAUUACAUAUAAAUUUUCAUAACAUAUAUGUCAAAAUACCUUAAUUUAACAUAUAAAUUAGUUUUCUUUGAAUAUUUGGAUAAAGAAUCAAUAGAUAUUUAACUAUUUUGGUGUUUUCAGUAUAUUUUAGCUAUUUUAAACAUUUACUUUUGACUAUUUGCAUAUAUUUUCCGAGAAUUUUGAAAAACUUAAAGGUAUCUUAUAUAUUUAAUAUUUUUAAUAUACAUUAUAUAUAAAAUAAUGUAUAUAUUUAAGUAUAUAAAUUUAUUUUGGAUACAUUCGGGUACCCAAAAUAUUUCGGUUCGGAUCGGGUUCGGUUUCGGUUCUUUAAAUACCAAAAUUUUGAAUCCGUUCGGAUAUUUAAUCAAUUUCGGUUCAGGUUCGGUGCUACUUUUUCGGAUCGGGUUCGGUUUGGUUUUUCGGGUUCGGAUUUUUUGCCCAGCCCUAGUAUCUUUUUAGGAAAAUUGCCAAAAAUAACAUUUUUAAGAUACCACUUUUCAAAAAUACACUAAUCAACUUUACUCUUAAAAUUUAACUAAGCAAAAUACUAUUGUGCCCCUAGUUUAAUUAACGAACAAUGGAGGAUGAAUCUAUAAUUGCUGCUGAAAUCAUAGAUCCGCAGACUCCAGAUCCAUCUGCUCUCGAAGACACUGACAUCGCCGAGAACAAGAAGAAGCUUUCCUCCUACACAGUCGUCUGCGUCUCGAUCUUGAUCGCAUACCUAAUCAACUACUUCCUCGGCAAACGCGCCAACGAGACCCUCGCUCUCUCCUGGGCCUCCAAGUUCACUCUCAAGGACGUAAUCUUCGAGAAGAACUUCAGCUUGCUCGGCGUCGGCGAAGGAGAAGACUCUCCCUUGCUACUCAAAGAAGCGACGAACGUGUUCAAGUUCUACGCGAGCGGGCGCAGGUACUGCCACGGGCUUCUGGCGACGUUGGAGUUGAAGAGCAGGCACGAUCUGAUCUCCAUGCUGUUUAAUUGCGUCGUGCCUUGUAAAGAUGAGAUUAGUUUCGAGGUUUAUAUGAAUGAUGAAGGUAUGGAUCAUGUGGUGUUUGCGUUGGCGAGGAAGAAGGCGGCAAAAGGGAUGUUAAAGGAGAUGAGGGAUCUGCAGAGGUUUGGUGGGAUGGUGGGUGCUCCUGGCGGGAGGAAGUGGGUGGCCGAGGAGUUGGCUGUGGUUUCUGAGUCUGUGGCUGGGGAUAUGAUCACUGAUGUUGUUCUUGAUCAGCAGCCUGCAAGGCAAUGGAAGGUGUAGAAGUAAUUAAUGGCUUUGGGUGCAAGAUGUCUUGCUCUUCCUACAAGGUAAACAACAAAUCUAUUCUUAAACCAAACCGGUAUGAGGUUUCAUGUUUUGAUAAUCUUGAACUAGAAGAACAAGUAUACACACACACACACAUUCAUAAAGUCUCUUGUAGAUUUUGUAUGGAGGAUUUCUUCCACAAGAAGAAGAAGAAGAGCGAGAACUGGUUUUUGUCUAGCUCUCAAGGUGUUUCUUGUUCUUGCAAGUAUGACAAGCAUGCUACUUUACAGUUUUCAUUCAUUAUCCUAUCAUUUUAAGGCUGAAUGCAUCAGUUUCUUGUACUAUGCUUCUAGUAUCAACUCUGUUUUGAGUUUGAUUGGGUUCUGGGUUGGUUUUUUGGGAUGAACAGGUCGAUGGUAUGGAUGCAUUUACUGUCAAACAAGCUUGCAAAUUUGCUAAGGAAUAUGCCUUAAAGAAUGGACCGAUAGUAAGGAAUGAUGAACCAGAGAAACUUAAAGAGGAUCAUUGUUUGCGUACAGAGCAGGGUGAUUGUAAUCAGAAAGCAACCACUUCCCUUUGCCGCAACAAUCAAGCAUGUAAUGAUGAUACUUUAAUAUAUUUUUCUUUUAUGUUCUUGACUCCCUUUAUAGAGUUUAUCAAUAUAUAUAUAAUAAAUGUUUCAUCA